AAAACAAACAAAAUCACGCCUCUCUUGUCUGAGUUCUCAUUAUUUUUUUAGUAUUUUGUUUUUGGGAAUCAGAAAUCACAAAAGCGAAUUAUGCUUUCAGCUUAGCUUUCGCUUCACUGUCUCCUCUCUUUCAAUUUGUUGUUGUAGAUCGAUCUUCGUUGUUGAUUGAUUGAUGCUAUAGAGAAGGAGUUAGUGAAAGAGUAGGCGUAAUUUAUUAAGGAAGAGAAAUGGAGGAAGGCAGGUUGUGUCAGUGGACUGUGAUUCGAUCCGUACUCGCCAUUCUUCAAUGGUGGGGUUUUAAUGUCACUGUUAUUAUCAUGAAUAAGUGGAUCUUUCAGAAAAUGGAUUUUAAGUUUCCUUUGACAGUGUCUUGCAUACACUUUAUCUGCUCAGCUAUUGGCGCAUACACGGUGAUUAAAGUGCUAAAGCUUAAACCUCUUAUUGUGGUUGACCCUGAGGAUCGCUGGAGAAGGAUUUUCCCCAUGUCGUUCGUGUUUUGUAUCAACAUAGUGCUGGGCAAUGUCAGUCUGCGCUACAUCCCUGUUUCAUUUAUGCAAACGAUAAAGUCAUUCACCCCUGCAACUACAGUUAUUUUGCAGUGGCUAGUUUGGAGCAAGCACUUUGACUUGAGGAUUUGGGCAUCUUUGAUACCUAUUGUUGGAGGAAUUCUCCUCACCUCCAUCACAGAGCUAAGUUUCAACACGUUUGGAUUUUGUGCUGCCUUAUUUGGUUGUCUGGCUACAUCGACAAAGACUAUCCUUGCAGAGUCUCUACUGCAUGGUUACAAAUUUGACAGCAUAAACACGGUAUAUUAUAUGGCACCUUUUGCCACAAUGAUCUUGGCGCUACCAGCCUUACUACUGGAAGGCUCUGGAGUAGUGGCAUGGCUACAGACGGAUCCUCCAUUUCUUUCAUCCUUCUGUAUUAUUUUUGGCUCUGGUGUGUUGGCUUUCUGCCUCAAUUUCUCUAUCUUCUACGUCAUUCACUCUACCACUGCAGUCACCUUUAAUGUUGCUGGAAACCUUAAGGUUGCCGUUGCUGUAACUUGUUCGUGGCUUAUCUUUCGAAACCCAAUCUCAAUGAUGAAUGCAGUUGGAUGUGCUAUAACACUUGUCGGAUGUACAUUCUAUGGGUACGUGAGGCACAUGCUCUCACAACAAACACCCGGCACUCCCCGUACACCUCGAACCCCCAGAAAAAGUAUGGAGUUUGUCCCUCUAGUAAACGAGAAGUUAGAGGAUAAAGUCUAAUGUUGGGUGUACUCGAAACAUGAACUGGCUAAAAGUUUGGUAUAGAAGAAACGAACCGUUCAUUGUUGUCUAAUUACUGUUUAGGUAAAUCGAAUUGAGAAUUUCUUAUUUAACUUAUUUAUUUUACCUUCAUCCCCUGCUGCUAGAUUUGGUUUUUAUUUUGCCUAUAGAAGAGAAUUACACAGAAAUGUUUCAUUUCACUUUUGUCUAAUGUACCAUUUAGAUACUUCCGA